AAGUUCCGGAUUAACUAAAGGUCGAGAUAAAACUGCGAGCGUGUGUCAUAGCAGCUCAGAGUUGCGUCCAUCUUUUCUCACACGAGCAGCGAAACAAACUUAACUCUUGAAAAUGCCAAGAGGAAGCAGAAGCCGACCCAGCAGGAUGAGCCCUCCUGCCAGCCGGGCACCACCUUCACCUCCACCAAUGGCCAGGGCGGCACCUCCAACUCAUGCUCCGGUCCCCAUGCAGGCCGCUCCAUCUGCUGUUGGUGCGCCAGCCGCAGCGCCCAGACAGCCUGGCAUGUUCGCACAGAUGGCAACGACAGCCGCAGGCGUGGCAGUGGGCUCUGCAGUGGGACACACCCUCGGUCACGCCAUGACUGGUGCCUUCAGCGGAGGCAGCUCUGAGGCUGCCAGGCCUGACGUCACAUAUCAGGAGCCGUACCAGCAGCAGGGACAGCAGCAGGCAGACCAGACGCAGAUGUGCUCCUAUGAACUGAAGCAGUUCCUGGAAUGUGCUCAGAACCAGAGUGACCUGAAGCUCUGUGAGGGAUUUGGCGAAGUGCUCAAACAGUGCAGGUUUGCUAAUGGGGACUAGAAAAUGAGGAGCAGAAGGUCUUUCUUGAGAUGAAGAAAAAAAGUCCUGCAGAGUUGAGAUCAUGUGUCAGCUCACCAGAUACUAGUGGGGUGUAAUCUUCAAGGGAUCAAACCACCAAUAAACAUGCUUUAUUUAAACAAAUGAUUUGAAGCAACCUCAUUUUGUUGUGAGAACACAGCUGCAGAGUUUGUAAUCAUAGUCUUAUAAAUACUGUUUAUAUAUUUUGGUGUCAUUAUUUUGAGUUGAGUGUAAUUUAGAUGAUGCUUUUCAUUAGCAGCGCUUUUAUUCUAAAAGCUCAAAUAACACAGAAUAUGUAGAAUUAAGCUGCUGGUUCUCAUCGUAUGGUUUCAUCAGAUAAAGCAAAUAAAGCACAUGGAUGAUGA